AACGCAGUAUUAACACAAUCCUCUCGCCCAUUAUCAAUGCCCAAAUAUAUUUAUUAAAAAUAUGAAACUACACUGACUUUCUAGCUGUCGGAAUACGGAAUCGAUUCUUCAAAAUUGUGAUUCUGCGUCCACCUCGAAGAGCCGAACAAAUGAACCGACUCGCACACGAACGACUCACCACUACUUUUUAUUUUUUUUUUUACCUCAGAGUUAAAACACGAAAUGGAUGACCGGUACAGCUCACUCCUCUGUCCUGAAGAUGUUGGAAAUGUUCUACCUCCAGAUGUUCUGACACUGGAGACUCCUUCCAUACGUGAUACACAAACAUUUAUUCUCCUUUCACUGUAUCAACAAAUACGCACGUAUUUCAUCUCUGGCUUGUUUAUUAAGGCUCUAAAUAUACAUCUGGGUUUCUGUAAAGUUUCUUUGUGACAGAAUCUAAUGCCUUUUUGUUAAAGGAUCGUCAUAGAAACAUCGCUGGAACCCGAGAGAUCGAGUCACGUCUCACGUCCUGCCUUAGGCCUUCAUUUUAUUACCAGGGUCUGUUCUUCUGUCUCUCGAUUUCUUUCUCUGAUUCUGUCCCCUCCUCCAUCCAUCCAGCCAUCUAUGGAUCCAUCCUUCUCUCUUUGCAGCACUCUCUCCCCAUAGCCCUAGGGACCUAGAUAACCUUUUAGCCCACCCCCCACCCCCCUUCGCUCAUAAACAAGGUGUCCAUGUUUCCCUGAUUGAAACGACACCAUCGACAGCUGCAGUUGUGUGUCACCGUGCCUCGGGGCCAUCGGCUCUAUUACCCACCCUCGACAGGGGUUUGUCCUGAUACACUUUUAAUUCCUUCCAAGGCAAGUAAAAGGUUCAAGGCUUUUCUCCCGAAGCAUCGUCGCAACAGAGAGCCGAGAGUUUCUCUUAAGCGUAAAGAAGAUGCUCUGAUGCGAUGCUUGAGCUUAGAUCUCCUGCGAAAGACCGGGUGACGUGAUGAUGACCAAUCGAGAUACAGACCAAAAAAAACAUAUACUUGGCUUGUACAUUUACGUCCUGUAAUUAGUACCAUUUCAGCAGCACCAAUUAAAAAGCUGAUAAACACUCUACAUAUUCCGGUCCCUCAGAUAUAAGAUCGGCGCCAGGAUUCAGCUGGACUCUGGUGUUUAAUGAUUUCUGGUUUCCUGUGGAACCACAGACUUUAAUAACAAUAAAAAGGCAGAAUAAUGGAAGCCUGGUGCUUGGUUUAUGAGCUUGACCCUGAAGAGCAUGAACUAGGAAGGUCAUUAAACACGAUUACACAGAUUUCCAAAUCCUGGCAAGUCAACGGUUAAACAGAAAUCUAUGCAAACCCGUUUUAGUUUAGUUUAAAUCUGUUUCGUUUUUAUAAAUAUCACAAAUCAUGUGUCCUGUUGCUGCAGGAAAGCGAUGCAACUGGCCAGCUGAUGUUUUAGGGGAAAAAUAAAAGAGAGCAAAGAAACAAGUUUGGCCAGAGGCUAAAUAAACAAUUGAAUUUUGGUUAACCAGAACUAACAUAAUUAGCCAGAAUAAAGUAGAGCCUGUCACUGGGUUGUGCUCUUAAAAGCCAGAGCCUGGGGAGAAGGGAGAGAGAGGACGAGCAGAUCCAGAACAGAUCCAGGAGUGGACAGAGGGACUGACCUGCGACAGAGAGAAGCUUAGAAGACUGAAAGCUCACGAAGAAUUUCAGAGGAAACCGAAAAAACCUCAGUAGCAACGUUAACCUUUGACCAUAUUGGAGAUUGGAGAUUCUUUCUAAAAGACCUGAGGAAGGUUGUGAGAUGUGGUGAGAAACCUCUUCCAGAUCACAGAACUUGUGCAGUAUCAUAAAAAAGAGACAGAUGCGUCUCCUGAGCAAGGACCUGCGUCUGCAGGAUGUCACACUGAUCUAUGUGAUCCUGCUCGCUGCCCUGGUGGUUCUCCUGGUGGCCCCGUACCACGCCUCCUCCCCAUCUUCAUCUUCUCCGUCUUCGUCUCCAGACGGCCCCUCCAGACCUUCCUUACCUUACCACGUCCCACUGGACCCAGCCGGGCAGCUGGAGCUCUUCUGGAACAUCAGUUACGCUAAACAGGAGGUGUACAUGGAGCUCCGAGCCAAGGAGCUGAGCCAUGGUGUCCUGCUGGGCAUGUCGGACCACGGAGAACCCACCAACGCUGACCUGGUGCUGCUGUGGAGCGAUGGACACAAGUCCUACUUUGGGGACGCGUGGAGUGAUGAUGAUGGCCAGGUCACGCUGGACAGUCAGCAAGAUUAUGAACUUCUGGAUGCACGGAACACUCCAGAAGGUUUUUCGCUGCUCUUCAGGAGACCUUUCAGUACCUGUGACCCCCAUGACUACGUUAUAGAGGAAGGAACCGUCCACCUGAUCUACAGCAUCCUCGAUCGGCCAAUCCGCUCUCUUCGUGAUCUCAACGUGUCCCGCCUUCAGCCUGGUGUUCAGCGAGUCCUUCUGCUGCGUCCCGACACGCCCAGCCCCUCUCUUCCACUGGAUGUGCGCACACUGGAGGUUCUGGCACCCGCCGUCGUUAUUCCUGAGCAGGAGACCACCUACUGGUGCUACAUGUACCAACUGCCCCCUAACAUGCCCAAGAACCACAUUGUCAUGUAUGAGGCGGUGGUGAGCGAGGGGAACGAGGCCAUCGUGCAUCAUAUGGAGGUGUUUGAAUGUUCUCCUCACAUGGACUCAGUCCCUCAGUACAGCGGCUCCUGUGACUCCAACAUGAAGCCUCCCAAGCUGAACUCCUGCAGACAUGUCCUGGCAGCAUGGGCCCUUGGAGCUGAGCCGUUCUACUACCCCGCAGAUGCCGGCCUUCCUAUGGGUGGAGGAGGUUCCUCCAGGUUCCUUCGUUUGGAGGUGCACUAUCACAACCCACUCCACAUCUCUGGGCGUCGUGACUCCUCAGGUAUUCGUCUGUGGUUCACUCCAUCUCUGAGGCGCUUCGACGCCGGGAUCAUGGAGCUCGGUUUGGUAUACACACCUGUCAUGGCUGUCCCUCCUCACCAGCACACCUUCCAGCUCACAGGCUACUGCACGGCCGAGUGCACACGCACGAACCUGAAGAUCGCUCAAGGGAACCGAACAGCGGUGUGCCGAAGUGCUGUUUAUUCCUGGAUAACGUGUGUGUGUGUGUGUUUCACUCCCACUCGUCCGCUACAGGCGCUGCCUCCUGGUGGGAUCCAUAUUUUUGCAUCGCAGCUGCACACACACCUGGCGGGUCGAGGCGUUCGCACCGUGCUGGUAAGAGGACGCAAAGAGGUGGAGGUGGUGCAGGAGGACAAGCACUACAGUGCACACUAUCAGAUCAUCCGCAUCCUCAGAAAGAUGGUGACUGUUCUGCCAGGUGAUGUGCUUCUGACAAAAUGCACUUAUAACACAGAAGACCGAGUCAAAGCCACAGUGGGUGGAUUUGGGAUCAUGGAAGAGAUGUGUGUGAAUUAUGUGCACUAUUACCCACGUACACAGCUGGAGCUCUGUAAGAGUCAUGUAGACCUGGAUUACCUGCAGAGAUACUUCAGCAUCAUCAACAGAUUCCAUGGCGGCGAGGGCUGCAGCUGCUCUCAGAACACAGUGGAGGACCAGUUCUCCUCUGUGACCUGGGACUCCUUCAGUGCCGAGGUGCUGGACUCCCUGUACACCACGUCACCCAUCUCCAUGCACUGUAACCAGUCCACCGCCGAGCUGUUUCCUGGCAACUGGGAGAAACAGCAGAUUCCUGAGGUAUUAGCCGAGCUCCAGCCACGUGCACAAACAUGUAAACCGAGCAGAGCGGCGGAUCUGAAUAACGGCCCUACGGAGGUUCAGCCCAGACACAGCGGCUAACACAAAGCCUUUCAGCUCCAACAGCGACACGCCCACACCUCCAGCUCCGGGCUGUAAUUAUAAAAAUAAUAAAAACACUUCAGUGAAUUCACACUAAACAGCAAGUUGCAUGAUUUGAUAAAAUGGCCAGAAGUAAUUUAUUUACAGAGCUCCUGAGUUAACUCAAAGUGGGUGUGGUCAGAGGCGAGGUAUGCAAAUGAGAAGUGAAGUGAUGUGAUGACUACACCACUGUUUAUGCUUCUAGUUAGAUAUUUUAUUUCUGCCUCCUAACAUUGUUCAGCGGUUAUCAUGUGAUCAUUUAACGUGUGACUAGUGCUUUACUAAUUAUAGUUUAUUUUUGUUUAGUGACAUCAUAAUGAAGCUAAUAGCAACAUGUAUGUACAGGUUUAGUCUAAACUUUAAUUUGUGCUUAUUUUUGUGCAGUGAUUAAUGCAUUCCUGCUUAGCCAAUCAGGAAGGAGAGAAUUUUUGUGUGUAACAGCUGGUAAAUAUUUCAUUAAAAUACAAAGAUGGUUUUGUCCAAUUGAAGUCAAGCUGGAGUCUGUAAUAGCUGUGGAAUUCUGAUGGGAUAAAUGCAGGGAUAUUCAGGAAGCACUGAACACAGUGAGGAGGAAAUAAAGAAAAAAUAAAUAAUAAAUACACAAAACUUUUAGUUAAAACAAAACUGUUAUCAGUUUAAUAUAUAUAUAUAUAUAUAUAUAUAUAUAUA